GCCAAUUGAUGAUAAUGGAUCAUUGAAUUCCCCUUCAUUACAACUGACUCCGGUGGUUUAGAGACAUAGACAUCAUGAUUAGGCAGACUGGCUGAGAGGGAAGGGAGAGAGUGGUAGAGUGGGACAACUAUCAGGAAACAACAAACAUGGCACGCAUGCCCAGCAGGCCUUCAGGACUGAGCCCAGGAACCUCACUGUGCGGAUGGGAGCCACAGCUGUGUUGAGGUGUGAGGUGCUCCGGGCCUCAGGGACUGUGCAGUGGGUGAAAGAUGGCCUCCUCCUGGGACCACAGAGAAGCCUGCCAGGCUUUGAGCGCUACAGCAUGAUUGGAAACCUCAAGAGAGGACAGCAUCAUCUGCAGAUUGAGAAGACCUUGCUGGAAGAUGAAGCUUCAUAUGAAUGUCAAGCGGGCCGAUCUGAUAGCAGUCAAGCUAUCAUUUCCAGCACAGCAUGGAUCUUCAUGUUAAUUCCUCCCUCCAAGCCGUACCUUAUGGUGGACAUGGCAACCCCCUGGGUGGCAGGGUCCAAGUACACGGUCACCUGUAUCGCCCCUGACUCAAAGCCCAUGGCUGAUAUCACACUCUAUAAAGAUGGAGUGGAGCUGACAGGUGCACAGUCUUUCACCAUGUCUGGCUCAAAGGAUAAGCUCCUGAACACGCAUGCCGAAGUAACGGUCACUGCUGUGAGCUCUGACAACGGGAGGCAGCUGGCAUGUCAUGCACAGAACCCCGCCCUCUUCCGGCCUGUGGAGACCACAAUGACCAUGAUGGUGCACUACCCACCUCAGCCUCCAGUUAUUUUGGGUCUAGAGAGAGAGGAAGUCAAAGAGGGAAGAACGCUCGUGUUGGAGUGUGUGUCUCAUGGUGGAAACCCCCUAGCCACUCUCCAAUGGACCAAGAAUGAAGAAGUUCUCUCAACAACGUGGGAAGAGGACGUUGUGGCGCAGAAGUCCAGCAGUAUCCUCUUCAUGAAAAUCCGUCCAACAGACAACCAGGCAGUGUUGUGCUGUGAAAGCGUCAAUAUGGUGUCUUCGUCACCUCUUUCUGUUAGCCGCAAAAUCACUGUGCUCUUUGAGCCUGCAGAGGUGACACUUUUGGGGUCGUUCACGGCCAUCGAGGGGCAGGACAUAAAUAUGGGCUGCUACGCCACCUCCAGUAAUCCACCUGUCCAGAUCCGCUGGUGGCUGGGCUACAAGGAGCUCAACACAUCCGGAGAAGCUAUGGAAGAGGGAGACAAUGGUGGGAUGACAACCGUGUCCAACAUGACCCACAGGGUCUCCCGGGAGGACGACGGACUGAAACUCACCUGUGAGGCUUUCAACAAGGGGACACACUUCUCCAAGACCCAGUUCGACAUACUCAAUGUCUACUAUCCCCCUCAAAAUGUAUGGCUCGAUACCCCCCUUUCAGAUGUCCCUCCACGUUCAGGCACCACGGUCCGUCUCGUCUGCUUCUCCACUGGAGGCAAUCCCACUGCGACUCUGACUUGGUUCAAGAAUGGAAGGGCAGUCCACGAUGCACUGAGGCAGACGUCCUUUGAGCGGGGUGUGGCUCGAGAACUGAUCCUGGUUCUGACGCCAAGUGACAACAUGGCCACCUUCCGCUGUGAUGCCAUAAAUAAAGCAAAGAAGACCAUUUCUGCCCAGACUAAGUUCAAGGUUCACUUCCUGGCAGUAAGUAUGAAGAUCUCAACCAAACAGGAGGUGCAACGUCAGGGACAGAUGCUAACUCUGGAGUGCCAGUCUGGAAGCAGCAACCCCCAGCCCAGCAUCCGCUGGAGUUUGGACACAGUCAGUAGGUUACAGGGAGUGGAGCAGCCCCCCAGGAGGGCUCAUUUUGGUGGUGUGUCAGUGCAGAGUUCCCUAUCCCUAAAUCUGAGUUCACUGCAUCACAACAAGCGUGUCAUCUGCCAGGCCUACACUCCGGAGCUAGCUGAGGGGGCUAACACAUUCUUUAAACUAAAUGUGCAUUACCCACCAGAAUUCAGCCCUAAGCAGCCGGCGCAGAUUCAGGUGUUGGAGGAUGACAUGGCAGUCAUCCCAUUGCUGCUCUCAGCUAACCCGGAGGAGGUCUCCUGCAUUUGGCUGCACCGCAGGGAGACGCUGGUCAGAGAGGGGAGUCUGCGCUUCCACCGGUCAGACGACAACUCCCUGGAGAUCAAGAACGUGACAAGGAAACAUGCUGGAGUUUACACGGUCAAGUGUACAAACGAGGAGGGCGUCAACCAAGCCUCCAUCAUGCUGGAUGUUCUGUAUGCUCCCAGUGUCAAGGCAGAGAAAGACCCUGUGUUAGUGAACCUGGGGGAAACAGCAGACCUAAUAUGUGUGGCAGAUGCCAACCCCAUUAUAUCUGGCAUGUUCACUUGGAAAUGGCUGGGAGAAGGGGAGGUGGAGAUGGGAGAGGAGAACCAGCAAGACGAAUCUGGCCUUCUGACCAUCCAUGAUGUGACUCGUGCUCAUGCUGGUCUUUACCAGUGCUCAGCCAAUAACGACAUAGCACCCCCUGCCACUGUAGAAGUGCAGCUGGUAGUACAAUUCAAACCUAAUCUUCAGAAAGGAGCCCAAUGGACGAAGGUAGCAAGUAGAGGCGAUGGCACCACAACGGCUGAGGUAGUGUGUCAGGCCGAAGGGAUUCCUCGCGUCGACUUCUCUUGGGAAAAAAAAGGUGUUCGCAUGGACUUUGCCAACCCGAGGUAUGAGGAGCGGACCGUGAGGGAGGGCUCCUUUCACACCAGCACGGUUAGAGUUGUAAAUGUGAGCACGAACCUGGACUACGCUGUCUUCAGCUGCACGGCUCGCAACUCGCUCGGGGAAGACACGCUCCACAUCCAGCUCGUCAGCACAAAUCACCCAGAUCCUCCUUCAUCGUUUGGCCAAGUCGACGUCUCCCACGACUCGGUCACUCUUGAGUGGAUCCCCAGCUUCAACGGUGGUCUGCGGCAAAGGUUUCGUGUAAGAUACCGUUGGGAUCAGUCAGACAGUUUUCUGUAUGUUGAUGUCUUUCCUCCCGGAGCUCCAACCUUCACGGUCACCGGCCUGCAGCCUGUCACCAGCUACAACUUCUCUGUCAAUGCCCUCAAUGCAAUGGGAGAGAGUGCCUAUGCUGACAAUAAUGCAGUACUGACCAUCACCACCAAGGAGAGGCCAGAAGGAGUCCUAACAGACGAUGACUCAGUCUCACAGAGUGCAAGUGGCCUGCCCACCUACUUGACAGUAGUGUUCACCGUGGUGUUUGGAGUCCUGCUGGUGUUUAAUUCAGUGGGUUGCUUCUUUGGUUUGAGGUGGAAAAGGAGGCGAGGCCAGACAGGGGGUAGAGGAGGCAGUGGGCUUGAUGGAAAGAAGAAUAAAGAGGAGGGGGGUAGUCAUUCAACUGUAAGCACCUCCAAUAAGUAUGAGAGCAGAGAGAAGAUCAACACGGCAGCCCAGCGCACCCUGCUCAUCGACUCCGGAUCUGAGACAGACAGCCACGUCUACGAGAGCUAUGCAGCGGGAAGUUCCCAUUAUUAUUACCCCAGCGGUGACUACAUGCCGCCUCUGAACCCUCACCCUGAGGAAACACGCAGGCACGAUGUCACCCGCCUCCCUGUGGACCCUCACAGCCAUCUGUAUGAAGACGUAAGAGACAAGGGUCUGUACCAGGACAUCCUGGCUUCCACACUUCCUUCCCCUCCAUCCUUGUUUGACCACAGACUGCCUCAUCAGAGGAAUGAGGCGAGAUCAAAAGCAUACCCUCAGGCUGCUGAAAGAGCGAGGGAUGUUCCACAACCGCCGAGAGAUUCCCAUCUUCCCUUUGAACAACGAGGCGAAUUAGUCUAGAGUGGGAAGGUCAGAGCAAACAAACGACAGGGCUCAACACAAGUCAUUGAGUACUGUUUUGUAUAGAAAAUACUGAAUGCUAAACGUUCUGAAUCAUCUCUCCCUAGUCUUAUAGAAUGUAGCUGUCACAUGAGUCAAGUCGAGCUUAAUGUGAUAUGCAACAUAAUACCGAAUUUCCCUUUUACGUCUUUCUGUAUACUUUGUUAACCUUGAGCGUUUUCGUCAGAUUGGGUGGACCUACAGUACUGUAUGUUAAACUGAAGGAAAAACGAAUGGCAGAAUGAUGAAAUAUAUGAUGUAUAUGAUAUUAACACACGCAACAUUUCAAACACUUUUACAACAGACCAGCCGCUAGUUUAUAUUUGUCUCCCUCUGUGAUAUCACUCGUCCCAUGACCUCGCUUUGUUAUUUUGUCUUUAGAGCCAAAUCACGGUCACUACCCACAGUCCCCCCCCCCCCAUCCUCCCAUUAGGCCUGCAGGUAGACAUGAAUCAGUCAGUUAGAGACAAAAAUGGACUGACAUCGCUGUAGUUGGCAACGGGGCAGAAGCAGCGCAGAGUCACAGUGCCACCCAAGCAGACAACAUCCUUUUUGACCCAUCCAAUGUCAACAUUUUGAAACAUGUACAGAUGAAACCCGGAGACUGUGGCCUUUCCCUUCCCUCUCUGAUACAAAGAGUUUCCCGGUAAGUCCGUGAAAUCCCUACAAUGGGAUCGCACUGAGUGGUAUUUAGCAUGGUUAUGUCUUCAGUAAGGUAAAGCCAUAUCUAGGGCCAGACUCUAAUCCUGUUUUCUCUCGGAUUGAAGUUUAGCUCACAGCAUCAGUGAGAGCGGGUGAGAGACCGUGUCGGGAAUUUGUCUCACUGAGAGUGGUCACUCACAGAGAGAUGGAUUCAGGGAGAGAGGGAUAAGCUGAUGCUGUGGCUACUGCUCCAAAAAUAAUCGCUGGCCUCUUCCUUUGGUUUCUAUUAUUGUUCACACAAAAGCAAUUCACUGCAUAGCACUAACCACAGCCGAUGCAAUCAUUGUAUUUAUUUAUAGGACUCCUUUCAAACCCAAAGUUGUUUUACACAAGAUAUACAAUUUAAAAUCAACAAAUGAUAAACUCCAAUAUGAAAUCUAAAAGAAAUUGAUUAGAUUUGUGAUGGUUCUCUAAUCAAUUGGAACGAGAUGGCACAACUGGCUUAUGUUGUAUCAGAGCGCAUAAAAUAAUAAUCUAAACAUCAUUUAGGAUUUCUUUCUACAAGAGGCUUACACUUGCGUCAGCUCGAGGUGUACACGUUAAUGGCAUCCUCCUCGGCUGAGUUGCUACAUUAGCUAGCUGAGUAGAUGCAUUUGUCCUGCAUUAAACUGUUAUCAAUAAGGUCUGUGGAUCUUCUUGAGUAACCCGUAUCAGGAUUUCCGAAAAAACAUCUAGUUACAUUAUAUUCAAGAGAGUGCUGACAUCUGUACAGACAAUAUCUCAAACACUGAGCACCUCAAGCCAACAUAUCUUAGAUUAAAACAGCACCACAGGUAAGAGAAAUAGUUAGUAAUUGUAUGUGAAUUGUUUGUUUAAGCUCAACAUUGCUUAAAGCUUAAUGCUAAUAUCAGUGUGCUAAUAUGAUAACAAUGACAAUUGAUGUUUAGCAGGAGUAAGGUUUAUCUGCUACACCACCUUAGUUUAGCCUGUUAGGAAGCUAACAUUUGCGAGUUAGCACUGAAGCACAGCUAGUGCUGACGGAGAUGUCAUUAUCUUUCAUAAACCAAAGUAGUGGGCUAAUUAAAAUGUUAACCUGUUAAUGGGGAUAGUUCAAACGUCAAGGGAUGAUUCAUCCUGAGAGGAACAUGACUGUGUUUAGACAAACUUUCAUUGCAAUCCAUCAAAUAGCUGUUGAGAUAUUUCAGUCUGGAUCAAAGCUAGUGUGGUUUAACAAAUCCAAAGCUUGGUACUGACUCAGCCAUCCUAUCUUCAAGCAGGUCUUUUUGUGAGAACCAGGCAAAAGGGGUCAAAAUGAAAAAAUUGUGCCCCAAAAUAGUGCUUCAAAUGCGGGUAGAGUCCCCUGUCGAC